GUCCGCGGCGACGGGAGCGCCGACCUGGUGGAGACCUUCGCGCGGAGGAUCGCGGCGCUGCCCGCCGACCAAGCGCCGGUCUUCAUGGCCGGGCCGGGGCUCCACUUCGCCCACGUGCGCCACGCGGGGCUCUACCUGGUGGGCACCCUCCGCCCCGACGCCUCCCCCUUCGCGGCCGUGGAGUUCCUGGGCAGGCUGGCGGCGCUGCUGCGGGACUACUGCGGCCGCCUGGACGAGAAGACCGUCGGGCUGAAUUUCGCCCUCAUCUCCGAAGUGCUGGACGAGCUGCUGGAUUACGGCUACGUGCAGAGCACCGCCCCGGAGGUCCUGAAGAGCUCCAUCCAGAUGGACCCGGUGCUCAGCCAGCCCUUCAGCCUCUUCGACCUCAGCACGGUGGGCUUGUUUGGAGCAGAUACGCAACAGAGCAGAGUGGCCCCCAGUUGUGCAGCUGCUCGUCCAAUCCUGUCGCUGCGGGGAGAGCAGAUUUCACAGCCUGAGGUUUUCCUGGAUGUGGUGGAACGACUCACAGUCAUCAUCGCUGCCAACGGCACUCCCAUGAAGACGGACAUCCAGGGGGAAAUACGGCUCAAGAGCUUCUUUCCCGGCUGCUCUGAGAUGCGGAUUGGCCUGGCGGAGGAGUUCUGCGUGGGCAAGGCGGAGCUCCGAGGUUAUGGCACGGCUGUCCGCGUGGAUGAGUGUUCCUUCCACAGUUCCGUUAAGCUGGAUGAAUUUGAGUGCAGCCGCAUUCUCCGUGUCAGCCCCAGCCAAGGGGAGCUGACUCUGAUGCAGUACCAGCUGGCUGAUGACAUCCCUGCCGCCCUGCCCUUCCACCUGUUUCCCACCAUUCGGCACGGCUCCUGUGGCCGGGUGCAAAUUUAUCUCAAGCUUCGCUGCGAUUUAUUUCCCAAAAACCAUGCUGUCAACCUUCACAUCCAUCUGCCUGUUCCGAAAACUACACUGAGCUUUUCUCAGGAGUUGAGCAGCCCUGAGCAGACGGCCAUUUUGCAGCCCACCACCAAAUCUAUUGAGUGGAUUGUCCCCAGAAUGCAAGGUGGCUCUCAACUUUCUGCCAUGUUUAAGCUGGAGGUUCCAGGGCUAACCCAGGCAGGACUGCGUGAGCUGGGACCGGUCAACCUGUCUUUCGAGAUGCCAGCCCACACCUGCUCUGGGCUGCAAAUCCGCUUCCUGCGCUUCACAGGACCACAGCCGACUCUUCCUCACCGGUGGGUGAGGUAUGUGACUCACAGCGAGUCCUACGUGAUCCGACUCAAUGCAGGAUAGGCUACUCCUUGUUAUUCCAAAUUAAACAGCUUUAUUUUUUAACUAA